AUGUGGCAAGCGUGUCGAGUGGCGAUGCCCCGCGCUGGGCGGCAAGCAGGAAGCAUCGUGGCUCGUCGGAGCAAGUGCAAGAACUGCAAGAAGAUGUACCUCCUCAACACCAGCGUCUGCGCCAACACGUACUGUUCGUUGGACUGCCAAAGCAACUUUUUAUACCUUGAGCAUGUGAGCGGCAGGCUGCGGAGUUUCUUCGAAGAGGCCAAGCUGCAGCAACAACAGCAUCGACACCAUGCUUUGCCGGACUCAGACGUGUCGUGCGUGGAGCUGCCCCCGUGUCCACGCAAGCCACCGCCUACAACAACCACACACACCACAUGGCUCAAGGCACGCAGCGACUAG